AUGGGAGGAGGGUGCGGUUUAGGUGGUGCAAGUGGAACAAAUGGUUCAAGCAAAGGUGGGGAUGCAGGUGGGUCAGACAACGUAGGAGAUGUAGGUGAAGACAUGGGAUCAAGGGAUGGAGAGGAUAAUAAAGAUGAUAAUCAACGUAAGAGGUGGCUGUGGUUAGAAAUCAUGGGACCAGUAAUUACCUUAAUGAUGCUUAAUCUAGUCAUUUUGUUUUGUUAUUUACGAAGGAGAAGGCAUGAAUCUACUGAAUCACGCAAAAAAUAUGGGAGAGACAAUGUGAACCCAUUUUUCAUUCAGUUAAAGGGUAAUGUAGCAACUGAUGAAUUCAGUAGCACAAACAUGCUUCAGCUGGAUGGGAAGAGAGAUCAUGAACUGCCAUUAUUCAGCUUUUGUAGCCUAGAAACUGCUACAGAUCACUUCUCUGCAGGUAACAAGCUUGGGGAAGGUGGUUUUGGACCUGUUUAUAAGGGUAAGCUGAAAGAUGGACAAGAAAUUGCAGUGAAAAGACUCUCAAGAAAGUCUGGACAAGGAUUAGAAGAGUUCAAAAAUGAGGUCAUGUUGAUUUCCAAGCUCCAACAUCGCAAUCUUGUCAGACUUUUGGGUUGUUGCAUUCAAGCGGAAGAAAAGAUAUUGAUCUACGAGCUUAUGCCCAACAAAAGCUUGGAUUCUUUCCUUUUUGAUCCAACAAAGCAAGCCCUACUAGAUUGGAGAAAAAGGGUCUGUAUUGUUGAAGGGAUUGCUCAGGGUCUUCUUUACCUUCACAAAUACUCUAGGUUAAGAAUUAUCCACAGAGACUUAAAAACCAGCAAUAUUUUGCUGGAUGGAAACAUGAACCCCAAAAUAUCAGAUUUUGGCACGGCAAGGAUUUUUGGAGAGGAUGAAUUUCAAGCAAAUACAAGAAGGAUCAUUGGCACAUAUGGUUACAUGUCGCCUGAGUACGCCAUGGAUGGCCUUUUCUCGGAGAAAUCUGAUGUCUUUAGCUUUGGAGUAAUGAUGCUGGAGAUAGUAAGUGGUGAGAAGAACAUUGGAUUUUAUCACUCGGAUCGAGGUCUAAAUUUAUUAGGAUAUGCAUGGGAUAUGUGGAGAGAAGGCAAAAUGUUGGAGUUGAUGGACCAAACUUUAGCUGAUUCAUGUUGCAUACACGAGUUCAUCCGAUGUGUUAAUGUGGCCUUAUUGUGUGUGCAAGAAAGUGCUGCAGACAGGCCAACCAUGUCGACUGUUGUUUCUUUUCUUGAAAGCGAGACGACAUCUUUGCCUUUCCCUAAACAACCUGCCUUUACUUCAAACAGAAAUGUGGUUAAUAGUGUUGACUUAUCUACAGGUACAGGUCAUCAUCCACAACAUAAUUCUAUAAAUAAUCUAACGCUUUCAGAAGUAGAUGGCCGGUAA